AUGCGUUUCCGCUUCAACGACGGCCAUUGGUUCGAGCCGCUCGACCAAGAGGGCGUGCCUUACCCCGAGCAAUGGAAGACGCUGACCACCGGCAAGGGCUUCGACAACCAUUCGACGCUGACGUACUCGCUCAACGAGGCGAUGACGAUGAUGCUGUCGAACAUGAUGGGCGUGCCGGCCGUGGACACGCAUUGGUUCCAAUUCCGCGUGAUCGAUGACGCCGCCGAGGCGCCGGACCAAUGGAACGGCGACUUCUGGGGGAUCAACUUCGCCCUCGAGGACUAUGACAAACGGAUUACCAAUNNUGAUUACAUCGAGUACGUCCUGUCGCGCGCAAGCACGGACAUCGAGUACCGGGUCAACCUCGAGAAGUACUUUAUUUUCCACGCGCUCGUCGAAGCGGUCCGUCACUAUGACUAUUGGCCCGACUCCAAUAAGAACAUGGUGUACUACUUCGAGCCCGAUUACCUGGCGGAGAACGACAACCUCGGCAAGCUUUGGCUGAUGCUGUGGGACACCGACGCUACCUGGGGGCCGACGUGGAACGAGGGCAAAGACGUCGUCUACGACGCCCUGUUUGAGAAUAACAACGAUGCCUAUCGCGACAGCCUGCUAAAGCCAGAGUACUACAAUACACUCCGCGAAUUGCGCGACCUAAUCUGGCAGCCCGACCAGAUCGUGGCGAUGAUCACCGAGCUCGCCUCGACCAUCCUGCCGCUCGAGGCGGCGGACCGGGCGCGGUGGCAGAACGUUAGUGAGAACGAGUCUGGUAGCUACGCGGGUCUCGGCGGCGCUGGAGCGACGUCGAUCACAAACCUCGUGCAGGACAUGCUCGACUUCGCCUUUACGGGCGGCAACUGGCCCGGCGGCGGCGCGGGACCGGGCGGCGGGGUAGGCCCCGGCGGGCGGGCGGCUUACCUGGACGGUUUGCUCAACGCCUCGGGUGAAGAGGCGCUGAUCCCCAACAAGCCGACGAUCAGCUACGUCGGUGAUCAAGGGAUGGCGGCGAACGAACUAUCGUUCCAGACAACGGCCUUUACCGAUCCCCAAGGGAACAACACUUUCGGCGCCAUUGAAUGGCGGGUCUCCGAGGUCACGCCUUCGUCUGCCGGCUACGACACGAGCGUCAAGUUCCUCGACGAAUGGACCGCGAGUUGGGAGUCGGGCCCGCUGUCGACCUUCGAUGCGACGAUCGAUCCACCGGCAUCGGCCGUUAAGCCGGGAGAGCUGCACCGCGCGCGGGUGCGGUUCCAGGACUCGACUGGCCGCUGGAGCCACUGGUCCGAUCCGAUCGAGUUCACCCCUUCGGUCGCAAACAACCUGGAGCUGACGAAGGACCACCUGCGUAUCACCGAGCUGCACUACAACCCCACGGCAGGCAUGCCGCAGUUCGGUGAAGACGUGGUUGAUGGCGAGGAGUUCGAGUUCAUCGAGUUCAUCAACACGAGCACGACCGACGAGAUCGACCUCAGCAACGUGCAGAUCGCCGGCGGCGUGACGUUCGUCUUCCCCAACGGCACGAUCUUGGCGCCGGGACAGCGGGUCCUGGUACUCGAAGACCAGGGCAACUUCGAGUCACGCUACGGCGACGGGCUACCGAUCGCUGGCGAGUGGUCCGGCGCGUUGAGCAACGGCGGCGAAGAGCUGAUCGUGCUGGCGAGCGACCUGACGGUGAUCCAGCAGUUCGAGUACAGCGACGAUUGGUACAAGCGCACCGAUGGCGACGGCUCGUCGCUUGAGGUGAUCGACACCGAAGGCGAUUACGAAGACGCCCGCAACUGGCGUGCGAGCCGCUCCGUCAACGGUACACCGGCGGCGGCGCCGGUCACGACCAUCGACGUCGUGGUGAACGAGGUGCUCGCCAACCCGGUAGCGUCCAACGGCGAUGCGAUCGAGCUGAUCAACACGACGGGCGCCGCGAUCGACAUCUCGGGCUGGUGGCUGUCGGAUCAAGGGACCAACUUGCUGAAGUACCAGAUCCCUUCCGGGACGAUCCUGGCUGCCGGCGGGCUGAUUGUCUUUGACGAAUCGCAAUUCAACGCGGGCGGCGGUGCGAACGCCAACGACUUUGCGAUCGGCGCCGGCGGAGACGACGUUUACCUCGUGGCGUCGGCGCCCGACGGCAAGCCGGUGCGCUUUGCAGACGACGUGUCGUUCGACGCGACGCUGACGGGUGUGUCGCUCGGUCGAACGCCCGAUGGCGAGACGAACUACGGCCUCUUCCCGCUGGCGACGCCUUCGAUCGGCAGCCCCAAUGGUGCGCCGAUGCAGGCUGGGGUCGUCAUCAGUGAAGUCCAGUACCACCCCACCGGACCCGGCGCAGGGAUCAGCGAGUCGCAACUGGAGUUCAUCGAGCUUCACAACGCGACGACGGCGGCGGUCAGCCUAACCGGAUGGCGGUUGAGCGGCGGCGUCGAUUAUGUGUUCCCCUCGGCGACGAGCAUCGCUGCGGGCGAGACGGUUGUCGUUGUCAGUUUCAAUCCGACCAGUGCCACGCUCGCCAACGCCUUCCGCGUCUACUACGGCAUCGACUCCGGCGUGCGAUUGGUGGGGGCGUUUUCGGGCGGCCUCGACGACCGUGGAGAAGAGAUCGAACUGCAGGCGCCGACCGCUCCGCCGUCCGGUGAGACCGAGCCGGGCUACUACCUGGUCGAUCGUGUGACGUACACCGCGACGGUCCCAUGGCCGACCGGCGCCGAUGGCGGUGGGGCGUCUCUGACACGCGGCGAAGCGGUGGCGUUCGGCGACGCCGUCGCUUCAUGGACGGCCAAGACGCCCAAUCCCGGCAGCGCUUUUGUGCCCUACCACGCCGCUGACUUCAACGAAGACGGCCUCGUCAAUCAGUCGGACUACGACAUCUGGCGCGCUCACUACGGAAAGGCAAGCGGUGUCACGAAGGCCGACGGCGACGCCAACAGCGACGGCUUGGUGAACGCCGCCGACUACACGGUCUGGCGCGACAACCUUGGCCAUCAGUCGCCGGCGCCCGUAGUGGUUGUCCGCGACUUCCCCGAGUCAGCAAUUGAACCGUCGCGCGAGCUCGUCUGGGAGUCCGCUGCCGAGACGUGGCCCCCUCCCCUGCUCCGCAGUUGA